GUUGGUUCGUUGAAUUUGUAGGAAGUCUCGUCUUGUCUCGUGUCUCGGCUGAGAUGGCAGAUAAGGUACUGAUCAUGCCUAGUGCCAUUUCAAUCAGAAUUAUGAAACACAUUAACGAGACGCAUCCUUCCAUCCAUCACCCAUCAUCUUGACUCAGUCGAGUUUCUGAAUUGCAGCGGGCAUCAGUCAGGCCUCGAGACGACCUGUUUGCCCGUAUCCAUCAUGUUCAGACACAUUCCAAAUCUAGAGAUCUCCAACACAACUGGUGCAUGCUGGACCUGUAUUAUGAGGGCCAGUGAAGAACCUGACCCUUAUCGCGAGGUAUGUGACAAGCAGUUGCCAGCCUGUUCAGCAUGCAUCAUGAGUGGACAAGUGUGCGAAGGGUACCACGCCAGAUUGAGGUGGCCUCAGUCUAACAAUCGCUCGAGGCAGCCGAUUGAGGCGCGGCUCGCUCUAUACUCGGCAGUGUCGUCGCUUGGCCUACCUCGGAACGAUAAUAGGCUGCUGGAGCAUUAUCUUAAAAAUCUCUCAAGAAUCUCUAUAGCCAUCGACUAUGAUGGAAACGGCUGGAGAAAGCUUGUAGGCGUGAGCCUCAAUGAACCGGCACUCCAGAAUGCGCUUUUGGCAAUAUCCGAGUCGCAUCUCAAGCGCCUACAACGGAAAAGCACGUCGCAAUCACGUUUUUACAUCCACAAAUCCCUUCAGCAUUUGCAAGGCCGAUUUCAGGAACCCGCCCUUUUAAACAACGAGAUCACGCUCAUGGUUCUCCUGGUGCUCCUGGCGUACGAGUUGUGCGAGGGUACAGAUCUUUGGAAACAGCACUUUACUGGUAUUGCCGCUUGGUGUCAAAACCGUAGUGACCUCGAGGACAUUGAUCCAUUUCUCACUACAUUCAUCACGAUGGUCGCUACACAAGUGGUACUGCAUUCCCGAGGCGAAUGGCGGCAGAAGAGCUAUCAAAUACUAGAACGGCUCCUUCCACCAUGCGUAAGCCAGAACUCUGUAGAGGUGAUCCUGGGAGGGUCUGCGGCUCUCCCUCGACUAAUUAUGGAAGCUUGUCGGUUGGAAGAUGACCUCACAGCGGCCAGAGCGCUAUCAGAUCAAAAUCAAAUAGAAGCAGUCUUUAUUUCUGCUAAAGUGCUACAAUCAAAGAUCCGGACUACUCAAAUCCUCCCCGAAAGUCAGCUGCAACUAAGCUUACUGAAUGCACCGAGCAGCGUGGCAACUCCUCACGACGGAUUGUCAAUACCUUUUGAAUCUGAAGCUUUCGAUUUGUACGAGGCUGUGCGCUGUUCAGCUGAGCUUUUUAGGUACGCGUUGCACGUAUUCGUACAUCGGAUCGUACAUGAUCCGCUAUCAGGUGAUGGGCAAGGCGUACUUGUUCAAGAAGCGAUAUCGGAAAGCCUGCGGAUUCUUCCAAUUAUUCCAGACACCAAUGGUCCAGGAACAUUUCUAGGUUGGGCAUUAGUUGUUAUCGGCGCCGAGAUAGAUACUUUGGAUGAGAGAGAGUUCAUCACCCGGCGACUGGAAAGUCUUACACUUUUGUCUGUGAACCAUGGCGUCUUGGCAUUGAAAGUGCUCAAUGAAGUGUGGCGUCGCCGAGAUGAUCUAAAACUCGGGAUAGGUCUCUGUCGACGGAUACGUUGGCAAGAUGUUAUGCACGAUAUGGAAGUGGAUCAGGCACUUGUGUAGCAAUUUCACUCGUAAUUAAUCUCAGAGAGUAUGCGA